AUGGCUGUAAACUACUGUGGACUUAUUGACAUCCAUGCACAGGGACUGAGGUUCACAUGGUCCAGCAACAGAGGUGGAAAGGCCUUCAUUAAAGAAAGGAUUGAUAAAGCCUUUGCUAACAAGGAAUGGAAUGAUCUUUUCAAUAAUGGUUUGUGUAUUGCACUAGCUGCAAUUAAAUCUGACCACUCCUCCCUUGUAAUUGAAAAGCACACAAAAGGUCCUAAACGAAAGAAAAGAGAGAGCUGCUUUAGAUAUGAGGUGGCUUGGGAGAUGAGAGAAGACUAUUUGAAGACAGUAACUGAGGCAUGGAGAAAGGAUGGAGGAGGAGGGACAAAGGCUAAUCAGUUAAGACAGAAACUUGGUGCUUGUUAA